GCGGCGACUGUACAUGAAGGAGGCAGUCGCGUGGGAGCAGUGAGCGUAUUUUUCCGGCGGAAUGUCCGCGCGGGCGGCGCGUGGGGCGCAGCCUCGCCGCUGUGCGCUCACUCCAUGCCCGCGCACGACUCGUACCAGCUGCGACCGCGGGCCGCGCGCUCCCGCGAGCCGCGCUCCCGCCGGGCGCCGCAGCCGCUCAGCAAGUACCGGAGGAAGACAGCCAACGCGCGCGAGCGCAGCCGCAUGCGCGAGAUCAACCGCGCCUUCGAGACUCUUCGGAAAGCCGUGCCCGCCGCCGCCAUCACCGGCGCUCCGGUUCCUUGCGAGAAGCUGACGAAGAUCACCACGCUGCGGCUGGCUAUGAAGUACAUCACGGCGUUGUCUUCAGCGCUGCGGGAUGACAGGGAGAUGUCGCCGUCGCCGUGGUCGUCGGGCCCGUCCGAGUGCUCCACGGAGCCGCGGGACACCAGCUCGGACUGCGCGGAGGAUCCUCUCUCCCCAUUCGACUCGUUCCUGGCCGAGUUCGACUACGAGUACCUCGCCGAGCGGACAUUCGCGUGACAGUGACUGUGUGAACUCUUUGGGUGAUCGUCAUCCUCUUUGCCAUAUUUGUUUUUUUUUUAUUAUUUUAUUUUUAUGAUAAGAGAAAUUUUUAAUUAACAUUUAAGUAAGUAUUUAUUUUGUAAUAAAAUUUAAUUGUUGACGUUAAA